AUGACACACAACAUCAAGCCACUACUCAUUGCUGGAGGUUUCUCUACCCGCAAGGGAACACCUAAGCACCUCAUGCCGCAUAGCGAUGGGAGACCAGCAUACCAACAUACUCUUGAACAUUUGAUGAACGCUCUCCCCCUUACAGACACCUUCUUCAUCUCGUUGCGCGACCAGGACCAGACUUUAGAGAUGGAUCUAGCAGGUUCUCACAAAAUAUCAAAGCACAUCGAACCCAUCUAUGACUCCACAAGCAUCCUUUUGGGCCCUGCGGCGGGGCUCGUCGCUGCACACAUCUGCGCACCUUCGGCCACAUGGCUCAUUGUCGGCUGUGACUAUCCACUCUUGACAGCACACACACUCCAGCAAUUAAUGAGGGAAUCAACAAGCCUCGGCUUCAAACAUCAACGCAGGCCAACAACAGUUCUCAAAAUUGGUAACGAGCAAAACAAUCCAUCCUUCCAAUACCCCUUCGCUUGUCUCCCGAGCGUCUCUCUUUCCUCCGCGUGA